GGGAUGACCAUCGUAUAUCUAUUUAUAGAUGUGUAAGUACAUAAGUAUUUGUACUCAGUGCACUUGGCCGUGGCAGUAUCAGCCGUUCACCAAUUAACAUAUCAACAGUAAUACUUCUAAUCAGGGUUAAAUUACCUUCCACUUAUUAUCUGUAGCAUCCAUUCUCUCGUGUCAUUUUACCGUAAGGCAGCCAUGCCUUCAGGAGUAAUAUUCAUUGUUUGCAUUCCCUCAAGUAAUUACGAACAUGUGUUAAGAUACGGGAAGCCUAAAAACUUCUCGAUCCAGACUCCAUCUUCGUUCAAGCCAUAUCAGCUGGAGGUGGAGCUGAGGAACAAGAAGUCGAGGAGUAUACCUGUGCAGCUGACUCAGCAGUAUUACAAUGAAGCGUAUAACGCGACUUUGGAUAACAUUAAAGAGGAAGAUAAGUUUUUCACGUUGGAGAGCAUAUUGGAAGAGCUGCUAAACAAGCUUGAAGUGAGCAAAGUAGUAUGGGUCAGCGACAAACCGGGGAACUAUUACGAGGUGAUAUUCCCACUUCCCACUGGAGAUGAGUGCGAAACCAUGCUGCAUUGUUUGACCCAACUGGGCAUUGGAGUUCGAUGGAAGUCGGUUGUAAGCGUUUUACCAUGCAAUGUUGUACAUUCCGCCGUCGAACAUGAAGAUUACGACGAAGACACAAUAAUACGAAAAUCGGAAGAAGCAAAACGUUGGCGCAGUUUUGUGGAGUCAAUUCGGUCAAAGCUCACUGUGAAGCAAGUGGUUGACGGCGUUCGAGGAGGCGGCGAACUAUCCUUCGACUACCUCACUCUUAUUCUCACUGCUGACUCCCUCGCUGCCCUUGGACUGGUAGAAAACAAUGCCUCAAACAUAGUAGCAGCUAUGCUGGUAUCACCCCUCAUGGGUCCAGUGAUGUCCAUAACGUUCGGAACGAUCAUAGCCGACAGAAGCCUCGUCAGAAGCGGCUUUGAAAGUCUUGUUCUGGGAAUGUUUUUCUCGCUAGUUUUUGGCUUCAUUUUUGGACUUAUCUUGGGAACUACAGAAAUGCCUUGGGGUUUUGGUGAUUGGCCCACUGAAGAGAUGAAAUCAAGAGGAAAUGUACGUGCCCUUUGGAUGGGCGUGCUCUGGGCCUUGACGUCAGGCACGGGUGUGGCUUUAGCUUUACUGCAAGGGAGCGCUGGGCCUUUGAUCGGUAUUGCAAUUUCGGCAUCAUUGCUACCACCGGUUGUAAAUUGCGGUCUAUAUUGGGCCUUGGCUUGCAUCUGGCUAUUGUACCCAGGAGUUAAGAUACCGCAUAUAAAAGGAGAAGCUUACAGUGGUAAUUCAUCCUAUGAACCCUUAUACCACGAUUAUCUGCCCAUAGAAUUCGCUGUGAACGGCAUCGUGAGCUGCUGUCUUACAAUAGUCAACGUAAUCUGCAUAUUUAUCACGGCCAUAAUAUUCCUGAAAAUUAAGGAGGUCGCCGCUCCGUACACCUCGACUCCGGAUUUGAGGAGGUUUUGGGAACAAGAUAUUAGAGUGGCUAGAGAGGCAAACAGGGCUAAUUUGCACGAAGCCGAACAAGACGAACGAGCUGAAUUCAUUUUGGAUGAUCUUAACCAGGGAUCUGAUGAGGAUAUCAAAGAUAAGUUAGAAGCUGCAGUACAGGAAGCCCUUGAUGACGAGACUUACAGGAAAGUGAAGCGGAUGAGCUACCAGAGCCACACAGCUGACGAGGUAUUCCGUACAAUCGGCAUGCAGUCUCGGACCCCAGUCUCCCUACGUUCCAGCCGCCGCUCCAGCAUAACAUCGCCCCGCGCCAGCGUCAAACAUCCCACUAAAAAGGAAGACAUCGCCGCACUCGAUAAGCUCCUAACUUCUUUACUAGGAACCAAAGACAAUAAAACAAGAUCAUUCCGUUCCCAUCGAGGAACCCCACGGUCUAGCCGCAUGCCAGUGAUUUGUGAAAACAAUAGACGAUCGGAGUCCUGGCCGGAAAGGAUAUUUGAGAACUCGGUUGUCAGCAGCGUGUUGAAUAAUUUGAAAUCCAGUCAACGGAAUUCGUCGGCUGAAGAACCGUUCUUGACUCCUAAUUGAAAUAACUGUAUUUUUCUUCAUCUUCACACGAACACCCGCUUUUCACUCACAUAUGUAUUUGAGCGUGACACACUGGCAUCAAAAUUACCGUUUUUUUAAUAUAACGUCGGUGGCAAACAAGCAUUCGGCCCGCCUGAUAGUAAGCAGGUAAACGUAUUAAAGUUACGUAAACUAAAUGGUAAGUUAUUUGACUUUCUAUCUCACUGCGUCCCGCUUGCAUGUGGAGCAAUAAUAAAAUCGUAUUACUCGCAUCUGCAAUAUAGAGGAGAGUAGGUAUUGGUUUGAUAUCUCGUGUAAUAUCUAUUAUAUAACUUAUAUAGGUAGCAUAUUAUCAAUUGUUACUUAGAUAGAGCAAAGCUUUACAGGUCGUUUCUGGCUCUUAGGGCAAGACAGCACGUGUGCUGUGCUGUGAUAUUGGGUCAAUUCCGUCCAAAGUAUUAACCCAUUCAUUGCCGACGCCUCAUAUUUUUACUCAUCACGCAGUGCCGCCGCCUUCCACGCGACGACGUGAAUUCGCGUCCGCGGCAUUACGUUAACAUUUCAUGGACGCGAGUUCGCGUCCGCGGCAUUAGGUUAACCUAUUUCAAGGGCGCGAAUUCGCGUCCGCGGCAUUACGUUGUCAAGGACGCAAUUUCGCGUUUUCGGCAUCGUAAGUGAAAUUUUUGCACCUAAAAACAGUUUUUGUCGAAAACGUAUUCAGUAUAGACGUGACGGCCGUAUACUUCAGACGUAUAUGAGUUUUUAAUGGUUUUUAGUAAGAUUAUAAAAGUUAAAGAAAGUGUUUAAAGCAAGUGUUUAGAUAAUGGACAAAAAUGGUAAGUAUUUUGAUAUUGUUUUAUGAAAUAUUUAGCAGUUCA